UGCCCCGAAUGCCCGUUCGUGAGCAAACACCGGGCGACCAUAACCCGACAUAUACCUCUGCACAAGUGCUCUUCAAACUGGGUCUGCGCGGGAGUGCCGCUCGAGCACGCGCGGAAGUACGGACUGGACCCGGCCACGCGUACAGUGCACGAGUUCGGUGGACGGGAGAUGGUGGGCGGGUGCUUCGCUUUGUUAAGCAAUCGCAUCAGUCUUCGCUCGCACUUGAGGAUUUGUGGAGACAAGUGCGUUGGGGAUACUUUUGGAUCUUGGCAUGAUGGAAACAAACACAGAUAUGAGUAA